ACCGCAUGCAAUGCAUGGCAGGCAAACACGCCACACCACACCCUCAAGAAGGCCCGUCAGAUACCGACAUAUGCCACACACGGCAGACAGACAGACAGACAGACAAGAGGCGAUUAAGCUACUCACUCGCCGUCGUCGUCGACACGAGUACCCUGGUCUAUGACCUCCCUCUCUAGUCUGACUCGUCUGAGCACAUCACGGGCAUGGCGGACGGUAAUGGGAUAGCACUCAUCCCCUGCAGACAGAUCACCGCCAACACCGUGCACACGCCUCUCCGUCGUGAACAGGCUGAUCUUGCCGCCCCGCCGCACGGUCAGAUGAGCCACAAUCGCCUCGUCCGCCCGGUGGCCGCACAACAGCACCUGCCGCACCACCACUCCCACACCCCACCCCCGCUGACGCAUGUCGACCACCACACAGUCGCCAAAUGCGUCAGUCGCCAUGAAGGCUCCAUAGCGGGCAUCACCCGAUCGUGCGGGGGCCUCGAGUACCAGGGUGCUGGGCUGGCGGGGGCCGCAUGGUGGGCGAGGCCACCAGUAGACCAGGAGGUUGUCCAUCAUGAAGGCAGAGAACCGCUCGUAGCGAUACCGAUCGGCACUGUGGACGUCGUCCUCUUCAACAGCCGGGUCGUCUGUGUGCUCGGCAGCCAUGACGCGGAACCGCACUUUGCCGACCUUGUGGGGAUAGAUGUGGUUCUCAUCGUCACCAUCAUCCUGCACGACGCGUGUAUCAUCAAGAAACGUGUAAGGCCGCGCGUCAUGAAUGCCUCCUCGUGUGUAUCUCACCUCGCCAGCCUCAUUCUCGUUCGUCUGCUCGUCUGUGGUCAGGGCCAGGCUGUCGCCCUCGUAGCUGAGCAGAUGGCCGAUGGUCUUGUAGAUGGCCAGUGCGAGCGGCAGCUGGUGCACGGCGGCCCUGGUGGGCCAGUGCUGCUGCACCCACUCGGCCGAUAUCACCAGAGGCAUAGCGGGGGUCAGCCGAUAGAUGGCCGCCACACGGAGGAAGCCGCCCAGCCACGCCCACAGACGACCACCACGCUCCAGCAGAUACAGCACGCGGCACAGGUAGUCGAUGCGCGAGAGGCCGCCGGGCAGCGGAGCCGCCCCAGCCGUCCCGCCAUGUCUGUCGACGUCAAUCAGCCCACUCAGCCCAUAGCGCCUCAGCAAUGCGUCGAUGCGCCGGAAGAUGAAAUCACAGCCGAUGACGGAGGUGCCGCUGGCGCGUGACGAAGAUCUGACCCUGCUGAAGUCGCAGACGUCGAGAUUGGACAACACCUGGUCUCGCCAGACCUCGUAAGGCACCACAUGCGCCAUCGGAUGAGGAUCAUACGGACAGACCUGCACACACACACACGCACACACGCACAGUGUCACGCGCGCGCACAUCCAUCCAUCAACCACAACCACAUAUCUUUUCCCCUUCCGCCAUCGCUCACAAAUACUGUUUGCCUUCGUAUGGUCUUUCUGCUUCGAGG